AUGACUCAUCGUACAUUCAUUACUAAUAGAUAUUAUGCAGCUCUUGGAGGAACAACAGCUGAAGGUAUGUUAAUGAACACAACUACAUUAGGAAUAACCCUUGGUUUCAAAUUGAGUAUUAAAUUUCAAAAUGAAAGGAUGGUUGAUUUUACUUUGGGUUGUUCUUCGCCAGAUACGAGUGUUCGAAUAUUUGGAAGCAUUCCUAUGUUAGAAUAUAGUUCUAAAUUUCGUAAAUUGAAAUAUUUUAAAAAAAGAGAUAUGUUUGAAAUUGAACCUGAUUGGAUUGAGAAUAAAUCUCGUAAGAUAAUGAUUAGGAAGAUGAUUUCUACUUAUUGUAAAGGUGGAAGUGAAGCUGAAUUGAAUUGUGAUGCUCAUACUGGUAGAUUUUCAGAAUAUACUUGGUCAAACAUUUGA